AGCUGAGGGGACUGUGAAGUUGUCUCUUUCCGUGUGUCUGCAUACUGCGCAGAGGUGCUUGAGGCCCCCUUAGGUGUUGCUCUGACUCUCAGAGUUUGAGUAUUGGGCUGAGGGCAUUCAAAAAUAUUUUAAACUACAGCUGCAGAAAAGAUACUGCCACAGAUAGAUGAAAGCGAAGGCCUGGCUUCUGAUCAUCCACACUGUACCAUCAUACAAGGUGAGGUCUUUGUCCUGCCUAAAGAUCAGUCAAGCAUACCUGGGCUCGUAUGCAUCCAAGCUAAAUGACCGUCCCCUCCAGCCAAGCCACAUCACCUUGUUUGUUGUUCCUCUCUCUCUGAAAUUGUCCCUUCGGGUUAUCUGCCUUCCCCAGCAAGGAUGCAAAUACCAGGAAAACAGAGACCUUGUCUGCCUUGUUUCAUCACUGAUUGCCUGCGUCAAGAACACACAAUAAGUUUACAGUAAACAUUUAUAGAAUGAAUAAAUGAAACCUCUGUAAAUAUGAGGAAUGGUGAUUUUAUAUAGCUGAUUUUGGUUUUUAUCCUUAUCCUUUUUUUACUUUUGGGAAAAUUAACAAAUAGCAAUACUAGGAACUUUUGUAGAUUAUCUCAUUCAGCUUACAGAAGUCUAUUAGCUAGGUAUUUUUAACCAGAUGGGAAAUUGAGGGUCCAGCAGGUUAACCAGUGUGCCAGGGUUAUCCUGGCAGAAUUAGGAUUACAGCCCAUUUUGUCUCUAUUGUGCUGGACCUCUUCCAAGAAACUAAAAUGUGGUUUCCACCAGUACAGCUAAUAGACAUUUAGCUUUAUUUGUAUCAAAAGCCGUGGCUUAGCCAAAAGAUUUACUAUUUUAUAAUUGAGAUAUAUUUUCAAUAAUCACUAAUAGUUACAUCAUAACCCAGAUAAUCCCAGGCUGCCAUAAGCUGUAUUAUCUCAUUUAAUUUCCACCAUCUUGCUGGGCUGUGUUGUGAGGUUAUCUCCAUUUUUCAGGUGAAGAAAUGGAAAACAAGGUUUAGGAACUUGCCUAAGGUCACCAGUAAAUUGCUGAACGGGAUUUUUUUAAUGGUCUGACUUCAAACCCUUAUCUCCUACUCGGUAAAGAUUCCUGUCCCACUCUUUAAUUAGAUGUUAACUCAUGGUAGAGUCCAGUGACACAAAUAUUAAAACCAUCUGAGAUUGGGUUAUAAACUUUCUGGUGCCCAUAUCAAGUGUCUAGUUGUACUAUUUUCAGAAUCCUUAAGACUCGUACUGCCAUUGAUUUUUGUGGCUGAGUUUGUGGUUUGUGGGCCUGGUAGAUUGGGAACUUUUAAUAUAGAAGGAAAGGAAAUCCUCCUUUCAUCUAAAUCUAAAGAGAAAUCUGGUUGGUUUUACCCGCUGUGGUAAAUGAACUUGGAACAGUUAUGCUUUUAUACCUCUUAAAGAAAGUGCUGGAAAGCCAGCUAGUUCCUCUGUUCUCUAAUGUGGAGAGUUAGAAACCACUGCUGAUUCCAAAAGCAUCUGCAGUAGGCUUUCAGUGAAACAACUACAUUUCAACUUUCCCUUCUUGCGCUGAGGGUGGAAAGUUGGGGAAGAGUGGCAUGGGUACCACCUAAAGCACUCAUGGCAAAAGGGGAUGGGUAGGGAAUUAGUGACACCUUCUUUCUUCUACUUUAUUCCAGUUUGGGGACCGGUAUAACAUUUCCUCUUGCAUGAGGGUCUGGAUAAUGCAAUUUUAUUUAUAAUGUGCUUCUCAGCAGUACUAUAUUUUUCUAUUUGUUAAUUCCAUUUCAGGAAUACUCCAGAGAGGGUUGGAGAACCCUGCAACCUAGAAUGCCUGAGGAAGAGCUUGAGCUGUAGGAUACCAGGGAAGAUGCAAACUGUUAGUCGCUGUGGUUGAGAUCACCUUCAGCCUCACUGUAACUCUUGCCUCAGUAUCUCUCAUGUUGGUCCUUUACUGGAGGCCCUGCAGCAUCUCACUUCAGGAUCUUAGGGACUUCUGCACCCUGUCUUAACGUUGUCUGCAGGUUUUAGGGUUUCCUUUUGGUCACCCAAAAUGCUUUUUAAACACAUUGGAUAAGAGCUGAACCACCUGCCUCUCCAUACUCUCAGCUCCCUUGUCAGACGGAAUUUUGACUGUCUCGAGGCCAAGUGACAUGCUGCCCAUGAUGAGUGAUGAGAAGAACCUUGGUGUGUCCCAAAAAUUGGUAUCACCCUCAAGGAGCACAAGUAGCUGUUCUUCCAAGCAAGGAAGUAGACAGGACAGCUGGGAAGUGGUGGAAGGACUGAGGGGGGAGAUGAAUUACACCCAGGAGCCAUCAGUUCAGAAAGGAUUUUUGCUGAAAAAGAGGAAAUGGCCCUUAAAAGGCUGGCACAAGAGAUUCUUCUAUCUUGACAAAGGAAUCUUGAAAUAUGCCAAGAGCCAAGCUGAUAUAGAAAGAGAGAAGCUGCAUGGCUGCAUUGACGUCGGGCUGUCAGUGAUGUCUGUAAAGAAAUCAUCAAAAUGCAUAGACCUUGACACCGAGGAGCACAUCUACCAUCUGAAGGUCAAGUCAGAAGACGUCUUUGAUGAGUGGGUAUCGAAACUUCGCCACCACAGAAUGUAUCGUCAGAAUGAAAUUGCCAUGUUUCCACAUGAAGUUAACCACUUUUUCUCAGGGUCCACCAUCACAGACUCUGCAUCUGCAGUGUUUGACUCCAUUUCAAGUAGGAAGCGUAGCAGUAUAUCAAAGCAGAAUUUAUUUCAAACUGGAAGCAAUUUAUCGUUUUCUUGCGGUGGUGAGACACGAGUUCCAUUAUGGUUGCAGUCUUCAGAAGACAUGGAAAAAUGCUCCAAAGACCUGGCGCACUGUCACACCUACCUGGUAGAAAUGAGCCAGCUCCUGCAAAGCAUGGACGUCCUGCAUCGGACAUACUCAGCACCAGCUAUCAAUGCCAUCCAGGGUGGAGCUUUUGAAAGUCCCAAAAAGGAAAAAAGAUCGCACCGGAGGUGGCGGUCCAGAGCUAUUGGCAAAGAUGCUAAAGGAACGCUGCAGGUCCCCAAACCUUUUUCUGGCCCAGUAAGACUACACUCCUCCAAUCCUAAUUUGUCAACACUAGAUUUUGGAGAAGAGAAAAAUUAUUCUGAUGGCUCUGAAACCUCAUCAGAGUUUUCUAAAAUGCAAGAAGAUCUGUGUCAUAUUGCCCAUAAAGUUUACUUCACUUUAAGGUCAGCUUUUAAUAUCAUGUCAACGGAGAGAGAGAAACUGAGACAGCUGAUGGAGCAGGAUGCCUCCUCCUCCCCAUCUGCUCAGGUCAUUGGUCUGAAGAAUGCCCUGUCAUCCGCCCUAGCACAAAACACAGAUCUUAAAGAACGUUUACGCAGAAUCCAUGCCGAGUCUCUGCUCCUCGACCCCCCCGCUGUCACCAAGUCGGGUGACAAUCUGGCAGAGGAAAACUCCAGAGAUGAAAAUCGAGCUCUGGUUCAUCAGCUUUCUAAUGAAAGUAGACUCUCCAUCACUGACUCCCUUUCCGAGUUUUUUGAUGCUCAGGAAGUUCUGUUAUCUCCAAGCUCUUCAGAAAAUGAGAUUUCUGAUGAUGACUCAUACGUCAGUGACAUAAGUGAUAAUCUUUCCUUAGAUAAUCUCAGUAACGAUUUAGAUAAUGAGAGACAGACCUUGGGGCCUGCCCUUGAAAGUGGUGGAGAGACAAAGUCCCGGAGGAGAACGUGCCUGCCCGCACCCUGCCCGGGCAGCAGUAACAUCAGCCUGUGGAACAUCCUGAGGAACAACAUUGGGAAGGACCUGUCCAAGGUGGCCAUGCCCGUGGAGCUGAAUGAGCCCCUUAACACGCUGCAGAGGCUCUGUGAGGAGCUGGAGUACAGCGAGCUCCUCGACAAGGCUGCGCAGAUUCCCAGCGCCCUGGAAAGGAUGAGAAGAAGUUUUGCCACGUUGCCCUGGCUGGUGUUGAACUCCUGGGCUCAAGCAAUCCACCUGCCUUGGUCUCCCAAAGUGCUGGAAUUACAGGUGUAUGUGGCAGCCUUUGCCAUAUCAGCGUAUGCGUCUAGCUACUACCGAGCUGGGAGCAAGCCAUUUAAUCCGGUUCUGGGAGAAACGUACGAAUGUAUUCGGGAGGACAAGGGCUUCCAGUUCUUUUCAGAACAGGUCAGCCACCAUCCGCCUAUCUCUGCGUGUCAUGCUGAGUCUGGAAAUUUUGUUUUCUGGCAAGAUGUGAGAUGGAAAAACAAAUUCUGGGGAAAAUCCAUGGAAAUUGUUCCAAUUGGCACAACCCAUGUGACUCUGCCAGCUUUUGGGGAUCAUUUUGAGUGGAACAAAGUGACCUCUUGCAUCCAUAACAUCUUAAGUGGGCAGAGGUGGAUUGAGCACUAUGGAGAGAUUGUCAUCAAGAACCUGAAUGAUGAUUCCUGCUACUGCAAAGUGAAUUUUAUAAAGGCGAAAUACUGGAGCACUAACGCCCAUGAGAUUGAAGGCACAGUGUUUGACAGGAGUGGAAAAGCGGUUCAUCGGCUGUUUGGGAAAUGGCAUGAAAGCAUCUACUGCGGCAGCUCCUCCUCUUCUGCUUGUGUAUGGAGAGCAAAUCCCAUGCCGAAAGGCUACGAGCAAUACUAUGGCUUCACACAGUUCGCGCUGGAAUUAAAUGAAAUGGAUCCAUCGUCAAAGUCUUUAUUGCCACCUACUGACACUCGAUUUAGGCCAGACCAGAGGUGUCUAGAAGAAGGGAACUUAGAAGAAGCUGAAAUCCAAAAGCAGAGGGUGGAACAGCUACAGAGAGAAAGGCGGCGGGUCUUAGAAGAAAAUCACGUGGAGCACCAGCCUCGGUUUUUCAGGAAAUCCAUCGAUGACUCUUGGGUGAGCAACGGCACCUAUUUGGAACUUAGAAAAGAUCUUGGUUUUUCCAAACUGGACCAUCCUGUCUUGUGGUGAAAAAGUAAAGAAGAAAGAUAACAUUAGUGUAUUUCUCCUGUGUUUGCAUCCUGAAGCAGCACAAACCUGUGUUUAUAUAUUUAAAAGAUACUCUAGGAUGAUCACUUGUGCUUAGCUUAGCAUUGUAACUAUUUAAGUCUAUAUUUUCCUCAGUGGGUUUCUUUACAAUUUCAAAUGUUAACCUGAUUGUUUAUAUGAAUGUAGAACACCUUGAUAUUUCUUUUUAUAUGUAAACUAGUAAAAAUGAAAGACUGAAUGUUCAUGUGUGGGUUAAGAAAAAGAAGCUUUAACACUAAUUUUCCAAAGGUUAGGGAAGAUUCCAAUUAAAUUUAUGCCUUAUAAAAUUACGUUGUAAAAAAAAAAAUCAACCUCUCCCAGGUGCAUUAAGAAAUAAGAAUACCCAGGGUUACUCAACCAUGCAUAAGCUACCGAAGUUUAAUUCGGUAGCUGAGAUAUCUUUUUGCCUCAGACAGCUCUUGAAUUGCUCAUACAGAACAAUUCUGCUGGUGCUGGAGUCUGAAGAAUAUUUUCGUUUGCAUUUUAGUGGUUAGGGAGAGGAUGUAAGAUUAACGGAAUGUAUAUUUUUAUAUAAGACGAAUAUGGCACCUUCUUGAAGAGGAAGCAUUUGAACUUGUUUUUCCCUAUAGUUCUGUUGCCUUAUAUGCAAAAGUGUACCCUCUUGCUCAGAGAAACUGUCGUUAAUAAGAGAAAAAAAUUCCAAUUAAUUAAAUAUUGUGAUAGCAUCCCAGAGAGACAGUAGGAAAUUUCUCCUCAGUGAGAGCUGAAUCCUUGAGAAGUUAAGAGACUGUUUCCUGCUUCCCACCCCGCCUAGUUUUUUGACCCUCUGUUCGAUCACAUCCCUGUUGAGUAUAGAAUGUCCCAGUUUAAUAUAAAACAUGUAGUUUAUUCCAUACAGCAGUUUGACUUUGUAAAAGUUUAGCAAAAUAAUUGAUUUUUUGAAUAACUCAACAUGUUUUUCUUAAAUGCUGUUUCAGUAUUUUCUACCUCUUAAUAAGCACCAUAUUUUAGAUCUUGUGUAAAAAGUUUGCCAUCUGCCUUAUAGACACAUGUAGAGAAUUGAUGUUCUUGCUUUGUGUUGUGUUCUGGCAAAGCUUUAAGUAAGUGUCUUACCCCUUUCCUAUACUUGUUAUCAAUAUCACUCUUUGUGAGUUUUGCAGCAGUCUUGAAUAAUACAAAUUAUAACUACUGAAAGGGAAAACUUUGUCUUUUUAAAUGUGUUAUUUUAAUCUACAAUCAUAUAAUUUGUGUAGCAGUUGAACUGUGUUAUCAAAGCAAUUCCACCUUCUGCCCAGAUGACAUUAAAACCAAAGCCUAAUUGUUAAGCUUUUAUUCUCAAGUCCAUCACAGUCCUAUGGAAUGUCAAGUAUGAUGUGGUAUAAAGAUUUCUCCAGAAAACACUUUUAGAUACUUACAUUCAGAGCAUAUCAAAUGUUAUGAAUGAAGAGUAAAAUAAUUACAGGAAAAGAAUGCAUGAUUUUUCAUUGUCACACCAAAUAACCAGUUGGACAAUAUUGCAUUUUCAAAAUGGAGAGUUAUUUAAAGUGGAUCUGUAGCCUUCUGGAAUCCAUGCGUGACUGGCAUUUUAAAACAACUCAUUAAAUAUGGGAUUCAUUUUAUCGAGAUGCCAAGAUGAACACAAUGUGAGUAUCAUUUCCAUUUCUAAGCAGUUGAAUGACACAGUCAGAUUCUUUGGUGUAUGCUUUGUUCUUUUCAUUGCAAGCAUUUAUCCAAAUUCUGCUCACAGACAUGAGGAAGCAGGCUAUAGAUUUAAGGGCACUCAAGGGGAAAACAAAUGUAGUUUCCACAAUGUGUGGGUAAAUGUAGAAUCUUAGUAAUAUUGGCUGUUAAAUUGGCCUGCUCCAGAAACUGGCUCAAAAAAGAAAGAAGCAACAAAAACAAAAUGUACAGCCUGCAGGGAUGUAGCGUUGUCAUGUGGCAUUUGGAAAUUCUUCAAUUAUCCUAAUGUUAUUAUUUCAGUUGCCCUUAUGCUUUAUUUUAGAGUCCCAAGGACAACAGGACUAAAUAUCACGUCUUUAGUCAUCUUAUUUGAGAUGAGGGUGGGAAUGAAUUAAAAUAUGAUACAGAACUAUGUGCAGAUUUUGAAAUCUGACUGGUCAGUGCUAGCAUCUACAAAGGGCUUUUCUGAAAUUUAAACAGGUUGGUGAUGCAUCCUGACAUUAUAAGCUUAAAGCUAUCUUGAGGGGGAAGUGGCUUCUUUUUUUCUUCUGUCCCUUUUCUGAAAAUCAUCUUUCCACCAAGUUUGUGUCUCUAGGACAUUUUAUAGUUUUAAGAGAAAGAAACAGAAACGUGGCAUCAUUUGGGAAGAACCAACACACAGUUUGAUUUUCUGGAAUUUAAAUCUCCUGGUUAAAUAAUACUAAUCACUGUCCCAUUUGAGUUACAUGUUUUAACCUCCUUUUUUUUUUCCUACUUAUUCCAUCUAAAAUUUCUGGUGAAAUACACAGAAAUUCUUGGAAAUGGGACUUUGUGCAGGUAACCACCACCCUGCAGUUCAGGUGAUGUUCCUGUCAUAGCUAUCUACUACCCCACACUGCAGGAAAUCCAUUCAGAAAUGAGCUAACAGUCUCCAGUGUAGCAGCAGAGCCAAUCAGUUCCUUCCCCAGCUCCCUGAGCACCCCGAGGCUGGUAUUCCCUUGAGUCAUAGGUAUGUAUUAAUAAUAAAAGCUUCAGUGCAGCUUCUCCAUGUAGUUCCUCUCCUAAAGCCAGGUAGAUUCUGGUCCUAACUAAAGAGAUGGGAGUUCACUUGAGGGCAAGAAGUACCCAGGGUGCCCUAACAGCCCCACAGUUGUCUUGUGCUUCCUGUGAGACUCCUUCAGGGGGAAUAUUCAAACUAAUAUCUUGUAAAUGUUUACUUCAUUUAGGCUGCUUCUCUUCUCAUGUUCUGCUUUAAUUACUUGCAGUAAGUCAUUUGCUUGGGCUUCAAGCACUAUCCUCAUUCUCCAUCUUCCAGAUUUAUCAUGAGUGACCUUGUUCUACUGUAAUGAUGUCAAGCCUAAAAUAACAAUAAUAAAUUAUUUGGCUGUUGAACUUUGAUGUAGGCCUACUGCAUACACUGUAAGUUAUGCCUUCCGGCUAUCAUAGAAUCUCCACCGACCUUUUAGUUGUAAGUAGAAGCAAUAAGAAGUUGUCCUUAUGAUCUUAGGAAUAAUGGUUCCAAUGUAUUGGCAUAAUUUGUUUGAAUGUCUUUGAUUUUGAUAUUAACAUCGGCAUAAAUCUAUUUUUGCUACCAGAUGAUAGCUAUUUUCAUUUGCUCAGUUUUCCUCUGCAUUGUACUAAUUAUCUGUUAUGAGGGUUAGUCUUCAUUUUUCUGUGUUGGAAACCUGUGUCAUGUAAAUAUCUGCAAAUUAUGACAGUCUAAAGUGCAAACCAUUUUCAGAGACUUUGGUUUGGGGAAUGCAAUGAUCAGAAGUGGCUAAUUUAUUUUAUUUCUGAUUAUUUUAUCCAGAGGAUACUUUUUAAAAAUCUUCCACUUAACCAUUGAAAAUUAUUUUCUGUUUUAAUCCCACCCUUCCAUUCAUACCUAUGUGCCUCCCAGAAAGCUCCUAUUAAUUUGCUUAUCCCCCUCAUGUAGCUAGUUGAAUGUGAAUAAAUAACAUGGAAAAAAUGCUA